UCUCAUUUGAUAGAUAAUUACUAAGCUCAAAGCAAAUCAGACCAGUCGCUAGGGUUUCUAAAACUCUCUGAUAUCUGUUUCGAAAUUAAUCAAUGGCUGCAAUUUUCAGUCUCUACAUCAUCAACAAAUCGGGUGGCCUCAUCUUCUGCAAGGAUUAUGGGUCUGCGGGACGGAUGGAUACGAACGAUAGCUUGCGAUUAGCCAGUGUUUGGCAUUCGAUGCACGCCAUAUCUCAGCAGCUAUCUCCGGUUGGGGGCUGCUCAGGGAUCGAACUCCUCGAAGCGGACACAUUCGAUCUCCACUGUUUCCAAUCUCUCACUGGAACAAAGUUCUUUGUGGUGUGUGAGCCUGGAGCACUGCACAUGGAAGGUCUCUUGAAACACAUUUACGAACUGUACACCGACUACGUCUUAAAGAAUCCCUUCUAUGAAAUGGAGAUGCCAAUCCGGUGUGAGCUGUUUGAUAUCAACUUGACACAGGUGGUGCAGAAAGAUCGUGUUGCCUUGUUAGGGCGAUGAUUCGAUGAACUCCCUGACUUGUAUUGACCAUUGUUGCUUGGUAUAUAUAUGGUUGUACAUUUUAAGAGAACCAUCCCAUCCUCUAGUUUGUUUGAGCUAGUUCAGUUCAGUACGUUUAAAAUUUUGUUGUAUUGCGUUCAUGUGUUAAAGGCUACUGAGCGGUAUAGUAUUUGGUAUUUUGAUGAUUUGAACAGUGUAGUAAAACAAUUAUUUUUAUGAUUUUUAUUCCAGUGUUAUUUAACCCAA